AUGACGGAACCUCUCUCCAAGGUCGAUUCUGCCGUUCAAGGCCUCUCGUCGUCACCACCCAAGGAUAAAGGCCAUAGAAGAGCCAGCUCCGCGGCGGCCGCCGGUGUCUACAACGUUCUUGACCUAGAAAAGGACGGUGUAGAACUAGAAAUUGCCAUUGAGACGCAAAAAACCGGAUGGAAAAUUAACAAGAGCUCUUCGACGGUAGAGGACCCAAGCAUCCUCAAGCUCCACCUAACGAAACCUCCGGUCAAGAAGAUUGACCUGCACUUCCCCCUGGGCAUGGAAGUCAGUGCCCGCAACCUCAAGGGUGUAACCAUCAAGGAUGCCCUAGACGCCAUCUAUAAGUCCUACAAGAAGCGGGCCGAUGACGAGCUCGACAAGCCCUACCUUGCCGGCUUUGAGUGGGACAAGGAAGAAUCGUGGACGCGACUGGUUGUUCACCUUCAAAAGGAACCCAGCGCUACCGGCUUCGGCGGUGGUGGCAAGAAGAAGAAGAGCAAGAAGGAGGAAGAGUAA